GUUGUGGAACUGGAAAGUAUCUCAGUGUCAACAGUCAGGUGUAUAAUCUUGGCUGUGAUUACUGCGGACCAUUGGUAGAGAUUGCAAGGAAGAAAGAUGAUGAAGUUCUGGUAUGUGACAACCUUAACCUUCCCUUUAGGGACCAGUGCUUCAAUGCAGUCAUUUCCAUUGGAGUGAUCCAUCAUUUCUCAACUAAACAAAGAAGAGUCAAAGCAGUAAAGGAAAUGGCAAGGGUAUUGAUACCCGGAGGCCAGAUGAUGAUUUACGUGUGGGCUAUGGAACAAAAGAACCGUCGCUUUGAGAAACAAGACGUAUUUGUUCCUUGGAACAAGGCCUUGUGCUCACGGCAUUUUUCAGAAUCGACUCAAUCUGGAGAUAAGGGUGAGUUUGCACAUGGUGUAAAAAGCCAAGACAUACACCCUGCUCAGCUAGUCAUCUCUGAUUGCAGCUACCAAACCAACCUGCAGCCAGAAACUGAUUCAAAACAUUCCCACAAUACGGACCAUUGUUUAUCUAGAGCCUGCUGCAUGAAAAUUUCUGAAGAAAACAGAUUUUACAGUGCUCUAGGAAAAUCUUUCCGCUCAUGGUUUUUCUCCAGAUCCCUUGAUGAAUCAGCCCUGAGAAAGCAAACUGACAAAAUGAAGCCUCUGAAGAAUGAAGGAGAAUGGGCAAACAGUGCUGUACCCGUUCAGCAUUCACGACACUGCAGUUUGGAUUUAGGUCACCAUGGGGCACUGUUAAAAGACCAAAGUUUAGAUGAUGAUGAUGUGUUCAUGGAAAGCCUGCCUCUCAAAAAACCACAGUGGUCACCAGCCACAGAUGCACUGAAGCAUUUAAGUUUAAAUGGAGGACACCAAAGCGUAGGGCAGAGCAAGACUGAAGAAGCUUCAUUUGUGAAUGGCCCAGUGGAAGACAGGGACUACAGCUGCGGUUGUAACAAAGAUGGUGCUGGUAAGUCUAAUGCCAGCAAAUUUUUCAAAAGAACUUCAACAACUGACUCCACUGACUCUGCUUUGGAUUCAGCAGUGUCUGUUGGGGACCAAACUGAUGCCAUGUUGGAUACAAAAGCCUUCAUGCGUUAUUAUCAUGUUUUUCGAGAAGGGGAGCUGUGCUCUCUGGUAGAAGAGAACAUACCUGAGCUUCAGAUACUUUCUUCCUGCUAUGACCAUGGAAACUGGUGCAUUAUUGCAGAGAAAAGAGGAACAUAG